UUGCUUGUCAUCCAUAAUCUUGGUCGCGUUGGUUGGAAUGUUUACGCAGAUGAAGUGUCUGCCUCGUCUCUGGCGCUCUCAUGGACUAUCACUUUCAUCGCAACGAUUUUUCUCGACGUCAUCUACGGCCUCAUCGUGGGAAUCCUUUUCUCUGCAUUUUCUGUCCUGCUUCGUGCCCGACUACAAAAGGUUGAAGUUCUCGGUCAUUUCGGUGGGACUGAAGUCUUCGACUCAUCCGCCGGCUAUAAAGUGUGUAAAGAAAGCGCUUCGAUAAAGGUGAUCCGGUACCACGGAAACGUCUUCUACGCAUGCGGUGAUCAGUUUGUACAAUCGAUUAUGUCAGCUGCAGGAUUUGAUCCCCGGCUGGUGCGCUUCCACGAAGAAAAACUGAAAAAGGACAUUGCCCUACUGGACAGGCAGAUUGAGUUCCAUCCGGACUACGAAGGACCGGUUGGACGCUCCAUUUCCAGACAAACAGACACCGUGGACUCCUGGGUAUUGGGCGGUGGCGACGCAUCUCGUGAAAAUAUCCUUGAAAAUGGCCUUAUCGUCGAACAGCAAAGCGCCGUUUCGGUAGUGGCGCCGACACCGGCUGGUGAUGGAAUCAAGUUACCUGACCCAGGUUCGAAGCAGCGCACUCAUCCAUGCGGCUGCAACUGCACCCCAGGUUGCUCGCGAAAGAAGCUGCCGCCAGUAGGCAGACUCCUCGAGAAGCGAGACUCUCUGCAGAGUCACCUCGAUGCCCUAACAGCGGCCGUCCCCCUGACGCAUAUUAUCCUCGACUGUGCUCCUUGGAACUUUGUAGACAUUGUGGGACUCGAACUGCUUCAGGGAUUAAUCAAGGACUUCAAUGCUAUUGGCGUGCAAGUUUACCUCGCGGGGGUUUCAGUCUCCAAAAAGUCAUAUGCAAAUGUUUCUGACUACAAUAUCAAGAUCCACGCUAGGGUCUCCGUGGGAACCAAAGCCCUCCGCCACUCUGAUCUAGUGGCGCGAGCAAUGGUAUGGGAGCUGGGCUACUCAAUCUGGGACGGACUCUGGAUAUCAAAUGUUGGAAGGUGCCAACAUUCUUGGAACCUCGUGCCAACAUUCCGACGAUGA